CUAGUAGUAUUCAAAAACAUGUUGGUACUUGGUAGAGAGAGACGUAAAACUGAAAUUUUGUACCGGAAAAAAGAGGUGGAAAGCCCAAAAUUAACGAAACGGGUCGGUUGAGGCCCAUAGGCUAUCCACCCAUCCGCCUAUCAAACCACCGCCGUCCUCCUCUUCCGCCACCACUUUCACCCCAUCGAUAAAUUCACCACUCCAUCUCAAUUUCUUCCUCAUCAUUCUCCGCUGCAUAUCUCGCAACCGCCAAUGGCCGGCGGUUCCUCCCCUCCACCGGGCUCCGAUCGGUACGGAAACUUCUCCUGCCUCCCCUCGCCGCUCUCUAAGAAGACCCCUCCCCUCCCCUGGACCUCCCAGGAGACGGUCAGCCUCAUCCAAACUUACAGAGAGAAAUGGUACUCUCUGAAUCGCGGCCCGCUCAAGGCCAACCAGUGGGAGGAGGUAGCCGUCGCCGUCGCGGCCCGCUGCGGCUUCGACGAGCUCUCCAAAACCUCCACGCAGUGCCGCCACAAGAUCGAGAAGCUCCGGAAGCGCUACAGAUCCGAGCGGAUCAAACCCUACCCGAAUUCCUGGGAAUUCUUCGAGCUCAUGGAUCACAUGGAGCGCGGACCUUCGCCGAUCGCCGCCUGUCCCGUCGCCAUGGUUAUGCAUCCGAACUCGAAUCUCUACGAUUCCUCCGACCGGUACGAAGACGAGAACGACGACGGCUAUGGGGAUUCCGGUUUCGAGCAAAACAAUUUGAAUUGCUCAGACAACAAUGGAGCUAACGAUCCCAGCGAUGGCGAGGGGGGAGAUUGGGACAGUAAACUGGCAGGAGAAAUUAGGGGUUUUGCGGAGGAGUUCAUGAGGCUAGAGAAGAAGAAGAUCGAGAUGAUCAUGGAGACCGAAAAAUGGAGAAUGGAGAUGGAAAAGAGGAAGACGGACAUGAUUCUUGAGACGCAGAUGAAGAUUGCUAAUUCUUUCAGUAGGAUCUUUGAGCAGCAGAAUAAAAGCAUCCCAAUUGCAGUUUCGGACGGAGAGUCCGACGAGCUCGCCGGCAGAAUAAAGGCAAGAGUCCGGCGGAAGCGCACGAGGCCGGCGAACAGAGGCCAGAACCGGUUUUCUAGACGAGUCGUCCAUCUGAUUCUGAAAUGGUGGCAUGUCCCUCUCAUCCUUCUAGCUGCCGGACUCCUGAUCCUCGAGGCUUCCCGCAUCGGCGGGAGAUCCGGUCCUCGGAUUCGGAGAGACUCCGAUCCGAAAAAACAGGCUGGCACCGUCGGGAGAAAACCCCCUGAAAACUUGGAUCGUCUAGAUCAAGUAACUCGUGUUCGUGGUGGAGUUAGAGAGCGUUGCUUGAAGCUCUUGCCUCCUGAAGAACUCGGGCAACUGGAUUUUCCAACUGGAAAUGCGCAUGUUGAAUCUAUUAAAAGGGUGGUAUACGUAUCAGCAGAUGUUAAUGAUCAUCAUCUUGAAGGAGGGAAUCUGACACAAAUUCAACAAUUCUCUGAAUCAACAAGGUUUAAUUUAUUCACAGGAGGCCAAUCUCUUGAGCAAAGAGAUGAAAGCUUCAAGGUUAAUGAAACAGCUAUUGUCAACUGUGGCUUUUACAGUGAGGCGGGAGGGUUUAAAAUUUCUGAAGAAGACAAACAGUAUAUGCAAUCUUGCAAGGCCGUGGUGUCAACAUGCACAUUUGGCGGCGGAGAUAAUCUUUACCAACCAAUAGGAUUGUCAGAGUCAUCCCUCAAGAAGGUCUGCUAUGUGGCAUUUUGGGAUGAAAUCACACUUGCAGCACAACAGGCAGAGGGUCAUACUGUUGGUGGUGACCAUUAUAUUGGGAAGUGGCGUGUGAUACUCGUUAAAAACCUGCCUUUUACGGACCAAAGAUUGAAUGGCAAAAUCCCAAAGAUGCUUCCACACCGGCUCUUUCCAAAUGCUAGAUUUUCCAUAUGGGUAGACUCAAAGUCCCAGUUCAGGAGGGACCCAAUGGGUGUGUUUGAAGCCCUACUUUGGCGUUCAAAUUCUGUACUGGCAAUCUCAGAACACGGGGCUCGCAGCAGUGUAUAUGAUGAGGCAAAAGCUGUUGUCAGAAAAAACAAGGCCACCCCAGAGGAGGUGGAGGUACAACUAACUCAGUAUCGCCAUGAUGGUCUCCCCGAGGAUAAGAGAUUCAAUGGGAAGAAAGCUCUUGCAGAAGCGUCGAUAAUCGUGAGAGAGCACAAUCCGACCACCAACGUGUUCAUGUGUCUUUGGUUUAACGAGGUGGUUCGGUUCACGUCACGCGAUCAGCUGAGUUUCCCAUAUGUUCUGUGGAGAAGGCUCAAAAUGAUGAAGAAUGGUAUAAACAUGUUCCCUGUUUGCACCCGAAAGGAUCUUGUAAAUAGCAUUGGUCAUGUUCGCAAAGCAAAACCUCUACUCACAAGCUGAUUACUUUGUUCGGAUUUUAUUUGAUUUUUACUGACCAACCUGCACCUAAAGCAUUGACAAUUGUAUUUACUUAGAUCAGACAAGAAUUGUAAUAGACGUUGUCUAACGAGUUAGGAUGCGCACUCGUUCAACGAUAUUAACCCUAAAACCGCAAGAAUCCUUUUGCGCGAAUGUUUGUCUCCUUGAGCAAACUUUCACGCUUUUCAGCGCGCGGACGUUCGCAUCUUAUGCAAACGUUCAUGUUUGAUCAUCGUUUUUCGACUCUAUAAAUAGAGUCUUGUAGG